UAACUUUCUGCGUUGCCUUUGAACAUUCACCGUCUAUAUCUAUAUAUAUCCUUCGCCUCAAGAUUACAGCCCCCAAGAUUGUCAGCUCGCACCGUCUAUCGAGAGGUAGCGUCUUCCAUUGGCCAUACCUCGUCGCUGCCACCAUAUCAGCCAUCGAAAUCUUUACCUGUCCCCUUUUCUUCCGUCUCUAGCUGGCUUCUUUAAGCCAUUAGUUUCUUGUGCUGGUGAUCUCGUUUUGCUCAUUAAAUCAGAUAUGAGGACGAAGGUCGUCUUUUCAGUGGAGGCGCGUGGCGACGAAGAAAAGCGGAAGGUCCUGCAAGCCGUCACUUCUCUUCUAGGGAUCGAUCACGUAUACACGGACACGGAAGGGAAGAAACUAAUAGUGACGGUAGUUGGAAGUAUGGAGGCGAUGGAUGUGGGGAAAAAGCUGAGGAAGCACUGGGCCACAGAUAUGAUCAAAAUGGGUACAGUUCAGGAGAAGGCCGUCGUUUCCACGAACAAGAAUACUAAUCCAGAUCAUUUGCGUAUGGUUGCUUUGCAUCGAGGGAAGGAGGUAGUGGCAGUCAGGAAGGAGAAGCAGGAGAUUGUACAAGUAAAGGUGCGGGAGCAGAAGCAGGAGAUUGUACAAGUAAAGGUGCGGGAGCACUACGAAGCCCGCCGCCACAGGUCCUAAAAAUGAGAAAGGAACAGCACGGUUGAACUACUGAGACGGCCAAAUAAAGAGCUUUUCUCUAUGUUUUUAGCAAAUGCGUUCUCAUAUAGUUGGAUGUCCUCGUCUUGCUUUUAUUUUAUUAGUUGCUGUGUUGUAUGUAUGCAUUAUGUGAGGCCUUUAUCAGAAUGCUCAUUAUAUCAGUUAUUAAUUCUC